AACCUACCCGACCCGACCCUACUUCUCUCUUCAGUCGCAAAACCCUCGAGAAUUCCAAUUCCCGGGAAUCCCAUCUCUAUUCUCUCUUGAAAUCUCAUUUUCCAUAAGCAAGCACCUGAAAGUCCUUUUCUCAUCGUCUUGUACCCUCUCGUUCUCCAUUGUUUCAAUGGCCACGAGAAACAGGACUGCACUGUACAGAAAGCACAGGGAUGCUUGUAAGAGCGUCCGAGCUCCUUUAUCUUCGUCGGCAUCGGGUUCCGGCGGUCCGGUUAUUGAGAUGGUGACCGGUUCGCUUCUUCGGUCAAAUCGCUCUUCUUAUGCUCCUCUUAGCACUGAAGAUCCCGGUCCUUCUUGUAGGGAUGCCUUUACAGUGGGUCUUCCGCCAGAUUGGGUGGAUGAUUCUGAAGAAAUAGCUGUGAAUAUACAACAAGUUCGAACCGAAAUGGUCGAGUUAGCCAAGGCUCAUUCAAAGGCUUUAUUGCCUACCUUUGGAGAUGGUAAAGAAGAUCAACGUGUGAUUGAGGUGCUGACUUAUGAGAUCACGGAUAUUCUAAGGAAGUCCGAGAAGAGACUACAGAAAUUGUCUGUAGGUGCAUCGUCUGAGGAUUUCAAUUUUAGGAAAAAUGUACAGCGUUCUCUUGCAACAGAUCUUCAAAACCUUUCUAUGGAGCUCCGAAAGAAACAAUCAACAUAUUUGAAAUGCUUACAGCAGCAAAAGGAGGGACAUGAUGAGAAUGACUUGGAGAUUAAUUUGAAUGAGAGCAAAUCAAGAUUAGGUGACAAUGAUGAUGAUGAUGAAUUUACUGAUGUGGGUUUUAACAAGCACCAAAUGAGCAAGCUAAGGAGGAGUGAGCAUUUCUCUGCAGAAAGGGAGAGAGAGAUCAAGCAGAUGUUACAAUUUACUAAAACUGAAAAAGAAGGUAAAGAAAAGGCAAUCUUGUCCCAGAUUCAACUUCCUCAAAAUAUUCCCAAGAACAAAAAGACACUUGGAAGUAUGAAUAAGGGCGGGCGAUUCUCUAGUAACUGGGCUGUUGGCAUGAAUCUUUAAAAUAAAUUUCCAAGCUAUGGAUAUUUUUGCCACAUCACACGGAAAUUACCAUGUCAGCAUGUAUUUGCAUCACUGUGUUGAUAUGUUACAAAAACAUGCAAAAAAAGGAUUAGUUUUUUAGCUGCAGCAUAUUGACAAGAAUAUGAUGGAGCCUUUAUUAAUUUUUACUCUUUGCUGCUGAUUGAUGUUGACAUUGUUGAUCAGCAGUAGCAGUCACAGAGCACACAGAAAUUGCAAAAUUUGUUUGUCUUGUGCCUAGUGUGGUUAGAAACCAAGAACUGAAAAUUCCCUUGGAAUUUCUGCCUCAAGUGAAGAAUGUGUAAGGGAACAUGGAGAGACCUUUGUCCUUGUUUCUAAACCAACUUUCAGCUGGUGCUGCAACUUAUGAGAUAGAAACUGAUGUUUCUUGUAGGGAGGUAAUAUGGUUUCUGGAAUGACUUUCUCAUACAGUUUCUGCCGUGUAAGAGAUGUCCCCAAGCUCUUCAAUCUGUUUUUCUUGUGAACAUCACAAAGUCUUUGGUAAAUGGAAGAAGAAUAAUCAUUCAAGUUCAAGAGAAGCAUGAUCCCUUUGAAAAUUCAAUGGAUGUGUAUAGUUCCAGUUAGAGGUACCAUUAGAAUGAAAGAGUUGGAUCAAAUUGAACUUUCUUCUGAAUACUAGUUACAUUCGUUUUCUUCUCUACAAAAUGCUUUCUUCUAUACUCACCUACGCACCAAAUACAGCAUUUGGUGUUGAAUAUUAAUCAAA